UCUUUCACUUGCUUCCAUUCUAAACCCUUGUUCUCUACUUCGUCAGAUUUCUCUGUAAUUGUAAUUGAAUGAAUCGAUUGUUGCUUUCUCUGUAUGCCUUUAUGCAAAUUAUGCUUUCUCUAUGAUUCUUUCUUUGGAUUAGAUUAUUAGAAACUAUCUAUGCUCGCUGAUUCUGUGGUUCUCAUAAUUUCAAAAAUUGGUACCGCUGUAAACAAAGAGAGAAGGCUCACAUUUGCUAAGAAUGUAACCUCUCAAACCAAGCUCUUAGACCUUGUUUUAAACCAUAUAAUCUGCUGAUUGAAAUCCUGGUGGCUGCUCCGUAUACACCUCUUCUUGUAAGAAACCAUUUAGGAAUGCGUUAUUCACGUCUACCUGCUGCAAAGUCCAGCCAUAGGUUAAAAUGGCCCUAAUAGUUACUGGCUUAAUUACUGGUUAGAAAGUUUCAGUGUAAUCGAACCCGGUUUGCUGAUGGAAGCUCUCGGCUACCGACCUAGCCUUUGUAUUUGUUAAUAGACCCAUUAGGAUUCUCUGUGGUUCUAAACACCCAUUUGCAGCUAAUAGAGACCCUGUUAGGAGGUAAAGAAACAAGUCUCCAAGUGUUAUUUUUCAGAAGAGCAUUGUACUCCUCAAGCAUAGCUUUAUACCAAUGAGGACUGGCCAAGGCUGGCUUUACUCUAGUUGGUUCCACAGAGGGAUCAAGCCGAGGCCUAAAGAUACGAUUUUUGGACCUGUGACCAUAGAAUGGACAUUAGUAGGAAGAGGAAGAAGAGGUGGAACAGGAGAAAUAGGAGGACUGAGAGGUGAAGCAUGACUGUCAACAGGUGAUGGGGAAGAAGCCAAAAUUGCAUCCUUUGUGAGAAGUAGAAUAGCCUAGAAAGUGACACUCCUGGGACCUAAAUUGCAUUUUGUGUCUGUUGUAGGGUCUACGAUAAGGGAAACAGGAGCAACCCAAAAACUUUAAGAAAUUUAUAAUUAGGUGGUGAUAUAAAAAACAAGGCGUAAGGAACAAAAUUAUGAACAGAUUUUGAGGGAAGCCAAUUAAUAAGAAAAACAACAGUAGAAAAGGCAUGAUCCUAAUCCUAAAAUUUGUAGUGUAAUGAAGCAUGUCUAAGAGGGUUAAUCUUAAGUCAACAAUGUGUCUAUGUCUCCUUUCCACAACACCAUUUUGAUGGUGUGAGUGGGGACAAAUCAACCUAUCAAGAAUACUGAGUUUUAAAGAAAUUGGAGGAGGGUCGAAACUCACCCUUCAGUUAGUUUGCAGGGCUUUGAUCUGAUGGCCAAACUGCAGUUCAGCCAUGAUUUUGAAUUGCUGAAAAAGCAUAGAAAGUUUCAGUUUUGCCUUUAAGCAGAUAGAGCCAAGUAAACCUAGAAUAUGCAUCAAAAAAGGAAAGAUAGUAACAGAGACUAAAUAUUUCAUAAAAUGUUUUAUGUGAUAUGUAUUAGUUUGCAGUAUUUUCUUAACCACCUCAUCGGUAUAUCCUGGAAACAGCAUCUUGUAUAAAAAUCAAGGUAAGACCGCAUACAACAUGUGGUCAGACUCUUCCCUGGACCCCUCACAUUGCAGGAGCUUUAAUGCACCGGGCAGCCCUUUAUCUAAUUUGGUAUAUGUAUGUUGUGUGUGCGGAAUAUUUUACUCAAUUCUGUUUUUGUGCUUUGCCAUGUCUGAUCUUGUUACACAGAUUAUAUAAAAGGGCAGUAUGCAACAAGGCAACAACUACUAUCAGUCUAUCAAUAUAUUGCCUGACUUUCAAGUGCAUUGUUGUGUUGUUAUAGGUGUUGGAUGGUUAUCUAGUUACAGAUUAAGUUAUCCGCUGGUAUCUAGUGGUUAUAUGGCAAUGGUGAAUGAAAAUUUUUCAAGUGUUGAUGCACCUGAAUUUCCCGAAUUUUCAACACAAAUGACUCUUGGUGGCAUGACAGCUGCUAAUCAAUUUACUCCAAAUCAAGAGGAUACAACUCCUAAGAGCAAGAAAACCCAUUCACCAGCAUGGAGCACUGCACAAAAUUUGGUGCUAAUUAGUCGGUGGAUUAACCGUGGAACAAGCAGUGUUGUGGGGAAAAACCAGAAAGGAGAAACAUUUUGGAGAGAUAUUGCUGAGUAUUGUAAUGAGCAUUGCUCAUUCGAUCCUCCUCGUGAUGGAAUUGCAUGCCGAAACCGCUGGAAUUAUAUGAACAAAAUACUGGGUAAAUGGAUUGGCGCUUAUGAUGCCGCUAAGCGUCAGCAAGCAAGCGGUUGGUCGGAUAAUGAUGUUUUGGCAAAAGCGCGGGAACUAUUCGCCUGUGGGAAGAAUGUUCAAUUUACUUUGAUGGAAGAAUGGAUACAACUUCGUGAUCUGCCACGUUUUUGUAGUCAAGUAGGAGGAAAUAGUGGCUCAGCAAGUAGUGGAUCUAAGAGAUCUCACGACAGUGAUGCAUGUGGCUCAACCUCUAUAGGAUCAAUUCCUCGUCCAAUCGGUAGGGAGGCAGCUAAAAGAAAGAAUAAAAAGAAAAGUAGAGAAGCUCCAUUGGAGGAGGACAAAGGUUGGGGUUGGGGUGAAUACCAAAAUUUCAAGGAGAAAGAGCUUGUACGAUUGGAGAAGAUAGCAUCGAUGCAAGAAGAGACUAACCAAUUGAUGAAAACCAAUUUGUAUCUAAGGCUAACUUCCGAAGAGAACCUCGAUGGCCAUAAGAAAGAGCUGUUGAAGAAGUUGUCCCAAGAGCUAUUUGAGAAUUAAUUUCAAUCGAGUAUUUGUCUGUAUUCGGUCAAAUUUGUCAGUGGUGUUAAGUCUGUAGUGUUUGCUUUAAUAACUUGCCAGUGAUGUCAAGUCUGUAGUGUUUGCUUUAAUAAUUUGUCAGUGGUGUCAAGUCUGUAGUGUUUGGCUUUAAUGUAUGGGUUAUUGUGUUUGAAUAUGUUCCACUCAAUUCGAAUCUUGUCCUUUUCCGAUUAUUAACUCUAGUUGAUAACUUAUUUCGAAUC